AUUUACAUUGGCAUUGGCAUUGCCAAGUCGAUUUCCCAGCCGUUCAGCAUUAUUAAAGUUUUCCAAUUGACAAUUUUCGGCUAUGACUGUCUCAUACACCGCUGAGGUGGCAACCUGCAGUCACUUUGGCUGUUUCUGGAAGCUUUUGAUGAGAUGGCGCGCGAGCAUCUACAAGAUUAUUUGGGUGGAUCUGCUGGCAUUUCUGUGCUGCUAUUACCUAAUGGCCAUGGUAUACCGCUAUGCGCUCAGGGAAAAAGAUAAGCCUAUUUUUGAGGACAUUGUGAUGUACUGUCACAGCUAUAGCAACCUGAUUCCGCUCUCCUUCGUCUUGGGCUUUUAUGUGGGCAUAAUCAUAGAGCGCUGGUGGAGUCAGUACAUCACGGUUCCUUGGCCCGAUCCAUUGGCGGUUUACGUAAGUGCCCUGGUUCGUGGGCAAGAUGAACAUGGUCGCCUGAUGCGACGCACUAUCAUGAGAUAUGUGUGUUUGGCCUUGACCAUGGUGCUGUCGAUGAUAUCGCCAGUUAUUAAGCGUCGUUUUCCCACCUACGACCAGCUAAUCGAAGUGGGUCUGCUUAAUGCAAAUGAGGCAAACAUCAUUAGGGCAAUGGAUGCCAAGUUUCCCAAGCAUCCCAAGUACUGGAUGCCCAUCGUUUGGGCUGCCAGCAUCGUGACAAGGGCCAGAAAAGAGGGACGCAUCUGGGAUGACUUCUCACUGAAGUCCAUGAUCGACGAACUGAACAAAUUCCGAGCCGGAUGCAAUAUGCUCAUCCACUACGAUACGAUCUCAGUGCCACUGGUCUACACGCAGGUCGUAACCCUGGCCGUUUACUCGUACUUCGUGGCCUCCAUUUUCGGUCAUCAGUGGAUCGAUCGAGACACUAAACAGUACAACAAUGUGGUCGGUUACUAUUUUCCGCUAUUCAGCACCCUGGAGUUUUUCUUCUUCAUGGGCUGGCUGAAGGUGGCCGAAACCUUGAUUUGUCCAUUCGGCGAUGAUGACGAUGACUUUGAACUGAACUGGCUGAUUGACCGCAACCUGCAGGUCAGCUAUUUGAUCGUGGACGAGAUGCACAACGACCAUCCGCAGCUGGUGAGGGAUCAGUACUGGGACGAGGUGUUCCCCAAUGAACUGCCCUACUUGGUGGAGUCUGAGAGGGCCGAACAUCCGGAGGCAUCCACCGCUCGACUGGGCAUCCCCAAGGUCAACCCCUUGCCCUCGGUGAAGAGCGAAGUCAGUAUGGAGAACGAUUACACCGAAUUCGACGACGAGGACGAAGCCAAUCCUGUUGUAAUGAUCCGAUUUGCCCAUCGCACUUUUGGCUUGAGCAAAAGUUCCGUUUCGGUAAAGAACUCAUCGGAUAGUCAAGAUACCCUGAGUUUGGACGACAUGGUCGGCGAACAUUUGGAAGGCGAGGUGGGUUCGAGAACUCUGGGCUCCGACAGCAAGGACGACUUCGAACGACUCAGGGAGACGCGAGAAAAGGAGCGUGUGAACCGGCAGCUCCAGCAGGCCGCCCUCGCCAUGGAGCUGAUGAAGGGAGACCUUGCUUCUAAUGUCGGAUCGGAAAAAGGGUCGAGUCAAACUGAUUUCCAGCAAAAGGAAUCGGCGACUCAGACCGACAGGAGCUACACCAGUCAGAGGAAGAAGGACGAAGACAAGGACAAGGACAAGAACAAGGACAAAGAGUCUGAGAAGAAAUAAUGAAUAUGAAGCAAUUAUAAUUGUAGAUUGUUGAUUAAUUUAUUAUUAAUUUAUCCAAAUCAUUUCAUUUUUAAA